AUAAUAAUGAGAUAAUUUGACAGCCAAAUAUCCAACAUGUCACUCCACGUGCUGGUUAUUGGGGCUACUAAUGUCCCAAAUGUAGAGAAAUUUGGAGAAAGCGACCCAUAUGCAUCUAUCGAAUUUAAAGGUGUAUCAAAGAAGACCGAAGUGGUGAAAUCGGAGUUAAACCCGACAUGGAAUGAGACGUUUGAGUUUGACCUGAAUGGCAUCGCCCUUACUGCCGCUGAUGAACUCGAGGUCACCAUCAAAGAUUGGGAAAGAGUUGGCAGGAACAGACUGCUUGGCAAGUUAAAAGUACCCCUCCGUAACCUCACAAGGGGUGGAUCACAGCAGGAACAGGUGACAGCAAACCUAACUGAUAAAAACGGUGUUACCCUGCCGUCAGCACAGAUAAACAUGAAGCUGUCGUACAAACCUCCUGCAGGGGCUGCCAAGCCAUCUCCUGCGUCUGGUGGAAGUCAGUCUGAAGUUGUUGGUGAUGUAGGAGAUGUCGGAGGCGAGGAAAUGGAGGAGGAGGAGGAGGAAGAAGAACCUGGUCCUCCAGUGAUAGAUCCAGCUACAGGUCAAGUUGUACCAAAAAAGAAAAAGAAACGAAAAGCAGCACGACGGGGCCUACUCAAAAAUCUGUCAACUAAACCCACAGAUUUCCAGGUGCGAGUGAAGAUCAUCGAGGCACGACAGCUCCAGGGUGCCAACAUACAACCAGUGACUAAAGUGACUGUUUACAAUCAAACAAAGCAGACACGUGUCAAAAAAUCAACAAACAGCCCCUACUUCAACGAAUCUUUCUUCUUUAACUUUCACUGCUCGCCAGCAGAACUGUUUGAUGAGCUCAUAGAAUUCCAGGUGUUCAACUCCCGGCGACUUCGGUCAGAUGCAUUAAUUGGCUCAUUCAAGUGUGAUAUUGGGAUGGUGUUUAUAGAACAGAGACAUGCCCUCAUCAACAAGUGGCUAUUACUCAGUGAUGCCAGUGACACUAUGGCUGGGGCCAAAGGUUACCUCAAAGUCUGUGCCUGUGUUAUAGGACCAGGGGACGAAGCACCGAGUUUCAAAGCUGCCAGUGGAAAGGAUGAAAGUGAUGAUAUUGAAAGUAACCUUCUGCGACCUUCUGGAGUUCAGCUGAGACCUGCCACUUUUACACUAAAAUUGUUCGGAGCAGAAGAUAUUCCUAGGAUGGACCCAGCCUUCCUCCAGGGAGUCAAAAAGGUGUUUGGUAUUGGAGAAGAACAGAAAGAGCUGGUUGAUCCCUACUUUGUCUUCUCAUUUGCUGGAAAGGAGGUUCAUUCAAAAAUUAUGUACUCCAAUGAUCAUCCCGACUGGAACCAGGUGUUGCGUCUUGGACUUCAGUUCCCAUCAAUGUGUGAGCGCAUUAAAUUUAGCGUUAAAGAUUGGGACCGGAUCAGUGAAGACGAUACAAUCUGUUCAAGCACACUCAGAGUUCCUCUCAUCUCACAGAACGCAGCAGGGGAACAGGGUUUCCUACCAACGUUUGGCCCCUGCUUUAUUAAUUUCUAUGGGUCAACCAGAGAAUAUUCAGAUCUGCCAAAUGAGUAUGAGGACCUAAAUGAAGGAAAGGGCACAGGUGUAGCCUACAGGGGACGUGCUUUAGUGGAGUUGACUACCGAGUUGGGUGCUUUACCAGAGGUUAAUGUACAGGACAUAGAAAGUGAUGAUGUUCUCCGUGUACAGAAAUUCAUGAGGAGGAGGAAAUACAAGCUUCAUGCAACGUUCCUCAAUGCAACGAUGGUCAGUGCAAUUGAUGCACCAGUAGAGUUUGAAAUCAGUAUAGGUAACUAUGGUAACAAGUUGGAUGACAAUGUGCUGCCUUGUUCCUCGACAACCCAGCCCACCAAUGCUGUGUUUGAUGGCUGUCACUAUUCCUUCCUGCCGUGGGGUGCCACCAAGCCAUGUGUAGUGGUCGAUUCUCACUGGGAGGAUAUCUCCUUCAGACUGGAGGCCCUCAACCUCCUUCAAGGCAUCGUCGAUAAGCUUGAAGCUAACAUUGAGCAAGUUAAGAUCGGAAUGAAGGCAAAACUGCCAACCCCAGAACUUGCCCAGCUGCUGAUAUCACUUCUAGAACAGCUAGUUCAGGACUGCCGGAAACCAUUACCACAACCUAAGCCAGCUCGUCAUACACCCAACAAACUGGACCAGUUGACUGCACAGUACCGUGCAGCAGAACUGGCAAACAUCGGGGAAAUGGCAGGACAGCUGAGAGAGCAUGCCACAGAUGUCGCUGAGGCACUGAACGAAGCCGAGAACUUCCUACAAAUGAUCAAAAACCUAGCACAGGAGCCUCAGAACAGCAUGCCAGACGUGAUACUGUGGAUGAUUAGUGGAGAAAAGAGGAUAGCCUAUCAUCGAAUCCCAGCUAAUGAGAUCCUGUACUCUACCGACCCCAACUAUGUGGGUCGUAACUGUGGCAAGCUUCAGUCCAUUUGUCUUCAGUUGCCAGGAGAUAAAGCAAUCAAGGACAAGAAGUUUGAUGUUCCGGCUCUGAUAAGAGUGAGGAUCUGGCUUGGUCUCCAGAGCGAGGAGAAGGCAUGGCACAAAAUGCAGACUGAAGGUGAACUGGCUGUGUUUGCAGAAACAUAUGAAAACGAGAUCAGUAUUCCAAUUGUGGGCUGGACCAACAAAGGACCACUGGGGCGCCCCAAAUGGUCAGACAGCCAAGGCAAGGUCUCCCUGAAGAAAGAGAAAUUUGAACCUCCGCCUGGCUGGAGGUGGGACAGUGAGUGGUACAUCAGUCCUGAACUCAGCAUGCUGUUUGAUAAGGAUGCAGGACACAAAGUAUACAUGGAGGACGUGUACGAGUGUCAUUCUCGUAUGCCUGGAGGAAGCUGGGGCGAGGCCACUACUCCUUGGGCAGAUGUGAAAGGUGACAAGUGUCUGUCUCGAGGAGAGACACACCUCCCUCCAGGCUGGGUGUGGGAAGAUGAAUGGGAAAUUGACCUUAGUCGAGCUGUUGAUGAGGAUGGCUGGGAGUACUGCGUAGAGGCUACGAUGGCAGGUUAUGGUCCAGUUGAGAAGCGAUACCACCUCUGUCGUCGUCGGCGAUGGAUACGUACACGACGUUUGGUCGAAGAUCCAAAGAAACAGAAAGAAAAGGACAAGCAGGAAAGACUGAAACUGAUGAAGAAGUCACAAGAACAAGCUGAUGGUUGGGAGUAUGCUCCUCUUUUUAACAUGAAGUUCCACUGCAAGGAGCACACAAUGGACAUGGUUCGCCGCCGUCGCUGGCACCGUAAGAUGGUGGCAGAGACACCUGGGGCAAGCUGCUUCUUCAGCAUGCAGACAGAUGAUGACGAUGAUAAGGACGGUGUAGCAUCACUGACAGCUCCAAGGAUGUUCCUCACCUUUGACAAAUCCUACAAAUACCAGCUGAGGGCAUAUGUUUACCAAGCCCGAGAUCUGUUAGCUGGGGAUGAGUCAGGUUUGUCUGAUCCAUAUGCACGGAUAUCACUGCUGACUCAGAGUGGAGUGACAGAAAAGAUCCACAAGUCUCUUUGCCCUACCUGGGAUCAAACUAUCAUCUUUGAAGAAUUUGAGAUUUAUGGAGAUCCCAAAACCAUUGAGACUCAGCCACCAGAGAUAUUUGUGGAGAUUUUUGACCACGACAAGUUGGGGUCCAAUGAGUUCCUGGGUCGAGCACGAGCCACACCAAUGGUAAAGCUGGAUCCAAGUGAUGCAAGAAUGCCAGUCCUACAGUGGUAUGACAUAAGACGAGGAAAUGAGGAGGGAGGGGAGCUUCUGGCCGCCUUCGAGCUCUUCCUGCUUGGAGGGGGUGAUCUGCCAUUCUUGCCUCCAAAGAAAGGAAACUUGUUCCUUGUUCCCAAUGGUAUACGACCUGUUAUGCAGAGAACUGGUGUGGAGGUGCUGUGCUGGGGGGUGAGGAAUAUGAAGAAGUUCCAGCUGGCAGCAGUUACCUCCCCUAGUAUUGAGUUUGAAUGUGGUGGCCACUUGGUCUCAUCCAAGGUCAUCAAAAACACGAAGAAAAACCCGAACUUUGAGGAAUCUGUUCUCUUCUUCGAUGUGAUGUUGCCCCGAGAAGAGUUGUACAUGCCACCUAUGAAUGUUCGUGUGAGGGACCAUCGUCAGUUUGGCCGCAAGCCGACAGUUGGAAUACAUGUUUUGAAAACCUUUGAAAAGUUCCGCUGCCAGCCAGCAGUGACAGCUACAGCCCAGGAUGAAGAUGAUCACGGAGGCAUUGUGGGUAAUGGACCAGGUGGUGACACAGUCAUUGAUAUGCCUGCGGACGAUAAAACCAAGUCUGAGAUUAAGGAUAUUGAAGAGUUAGAUUGGUGGUCCAAAUAUUACGCCUCGAUAGGGGACACAACAAAAUGUCGCAAAUAUAUCCAGAAAGGAAUGGACAAGGUCAAGGUUUAUACAAACGAGCUGGAGAAGUCGGAAAACUACAAGACAUUUGAUGAUUUCUGUCACUGCUUUGACCUAUCACGUGGUAAAGAUGAGGAAGACGAAGAAGGAAAUGUUGUCGGCCAGUUCAAGGGCUCCUUCAGGGUGUACCCACUGCCUCCAGACCCCAGCGAGCCACUGCCAGAACGGGUAUUCAGUAAUCUUCCCCCAAGUACACCAGAGGAAUGUGUUGUACGUGUGUAUGUCAUCUGUGGCAUCGGUCUACAGCCCAACGAUACCAGCGGUUUGGCUGACCCCUAUGUGGAGAUUGAACUAGGAAAGAAAAAAGUCAGCAGCCGAGACGAUUAUAUACCUAACUCCAUUGAACCUGUAUUUGGAAAGAUGUUUGAGUUGACCUGUACCCUACCAGUGAAGAAGGAUCUGAUAGUUAGGAUCAAGGACUAUGACAUCAUUAGCAGUGAUGAUCUCGUUGGGGAGACCAUCAUUGACCUUGAGAACCGCUUCCUGUCUAAACACAGAGCCACAUGUGGCAUCCCCAAAUCAUACUAUGUGUCGGGGGUGAACCAGUGGAGGGACAGUCAGAAACCCAAGGAGAUCUUGGACUGGUACUGUAAGAAAAACCAUCUAACAGGCCCACUCUUCUACGGCACCAACAGUGUCAAGGUCGCCAAUAAAACCUACAGCCUGUCUGACUUCGAGGUGAAUCCACGAUCUGACCCUGACCUUGGACAGCCAGAUGAGAGACUUGCACUUCAUGUGCUGAAUACCUUCCCCAUCGUCAAGGAGCAUGUAGAGACACGUCCCUUGUACAACCCUAUACAACCGGGUAUAGAACAGGGUAAGGUACAGAUGUGGGUAGAUAUCUUCCCUAAAUCACUUGGACCCCCAGGCUCACCAUUUAACAUCGAGCCACGCAAACCAUCAGGGUUUGUGCUGCGUUGUAUCAUAUGGAACACCGUGGAUGUCGUGCUGGAUGAGGAAUCCAUCACCGGUGAACAGAUGAGUGACAUUUAUGUCAAGGGAUGGAUCUCUGGAAUCGACGAGAAACAAGAGACAGAUGUCCACUACCGAUCUCUGGACGGUGAAGGCAACUUCAACUGGCGUUUCAUCUUCCCAUUUGAUUAUCUGCCUGCAGAACAAGCUAUGGUUGUGAAGAAGAAGGAACAUUUCUGGAGCCUGGACGAGACAGAGCAACGUCUGCCUGCAAACCUCGUCAUGCAGAUUUGGGACAAUGAUAAGUUCUCCAUGGAUGACUUUCUAGGAACUUUGUCUCUGAACCUGAGUGCAAUGCCAAAACCAGCCAAAAAAGCAGGGGAUUGUAAUCUUACCCAGCUGCCAGACUUACAGACAGGGCAUGAAGUCAAACUGGUCUCAUUGUUUGAACAGAAGAGACUUAAAGGGUUCUGGCCCUGCUUCAAUGAUGAAACUGGAGAGCGGGUUCUAACGGGUAAGAUUGAGAUGGAGUUGGAACUUGUAUCAUUACAAGAGGCUGAUGAGCGCCCUGCUGGACAAGGACAAGAGGAACCAAACAUGAACCCCCAUCUAGACCCUCCCAAACGACCAGAGACGUCCUUCUUGUGGUUUACAUCUCCAUGGAAGACAUUCAAGUUCAUUAUCUGGCGUAGAUACAAGUGGUGGUUCAUUGGACUCCUCAUCGUUAUCCUCCUCAUCAUUCUCAUCGCACUAUUCAUCUACUCCUUCCCGGGUGCAUUCAACAACUGGAUCCUUGGGAACUGAACAAUCACAUCAACGCUGUGUUACAUUGAACAACGAGUCAAGAACAAUAUGACAAAUAAUUGGAAUUGUAGAACAACGAUUUAAAUUUGAGGACACCUGUCAAGUAUGCUGUCUGUCUGGAGUGGAUGCUGUCAGGAAUUACCAGUUUUCUCUGAGAUUUCUUUAUAUCUCUGUGCUAAUUGCUUGGUUUUCUAGAGAAAGUGAUAACUUCAUACAGAGUUCCCCAAUGUUUAUGUGAUAGGGAAUUGUACAGACAUAUAUAUAUGUUUGCUUUCUGAAUUAAUCAUACUCACAAAUUCAAGACUUUUUGUAAAAAUGAAAAAUGACAUGUGUGACUGUAGUAUUUAGCUUUAAACAGUUUAUAACAUCAUUAUAUAACAUUGUUGAGAAAGCUGUUCUUGUACUUGGGUAUGAGAUCAGGAAUAGAUUAUAGAUUGUAUCGAUACUUUCCAUAGUAUACUUCACAUUCAAUAGAUUAAUAAGCAACAAAAUUGUUAUAGAAAUUUCUGCAGAGUUUUACCUUCACAUCCCUGUUUUUUCACAAUGGACUCCUGCAUCUGUAAUGGAUAAGUGCCAUUGUCAUAAGGAGGACAGAAGCGUGUAUAGAUGUGAAAUGUAAAGAGUGAAUCUGUCAGACUGAUAUUUAAAUGUAUUUUCUUAAAAUCAUGAAAUAUGUAGAUAGUGUGUUGAUGACAUUGUGUAAAAUGAAAUAUUCUAUGUUACAAGUAAGAAAGGUGAUAUAUAAUGCUAUGAUAUUGUGGUGAAAUAUGUAAGAGAAAUGUUAGAGUAAUGUUAGACAAAAUCUCUUGCUCUCUUCUUCUAGUUAACACAUUUUGUUUUUGUGUCUUAAAUCUUUAUGUCAACAGUCGACAUUUUGUAGAUGUCAGUGUUGUUUAUGUCUUGAUAUUAUGUUAACAGUUCAAGCAAUUUCUAGAUGUGGUAAAUAUUUUGAAUUCGUCUACUUGAGUUAAGUAAUUUGAAGCCAUUGAUUUAGUGAUUAAGAUAUUUUGAUAAAUGAGUCAGUAGCAGACUUCGAUGAUGGACUACUUGCCACAAACAUUGAAAUGAUAUUUCUUUUCUUGCCUUCAAUAUAACAAUUAAGAUACCCUGUUCAGUUAAAGUAAUGUAACUGUAUGGGAAAUCCUAAUGUUGACUGAUACCAUUGUCUCCUAUAUAAGCUGAAAGUCCAUUGUUCGGCAAAACAGAUAAUUCCAGUAAAAUUGAAUAAGUCAAGUAGAGGAGUUCAUGAUAAUUUUCUGUAUAAGUCUAUGAUCACUCUUGUUGAGUCUUUGUUCCAAUGUUCUUCAUGUGGAUAUAGACUCACCAGUGACAAACAGAGUAGAAAUUAGAGAUGGAAAGGAGAUGCUUUAUUGGACAAAAUCAUGAUUUUUUGUGUAGGAAAAGACAAAA